AUGAUUAAAUUUCAAAAUCAGCCACUCAACUAUGAUGUUAAUGGAUAUCCAUAACCUAAAUAUUAAUAGAUGCCUCCGAAAUAACAAAAAUAAAUGCCCAAUCAAGGUGGCUUCCAAGAAACCUUUGGAUAACAAUAAUAUUAUGGCAGACAAAUGAUCCCAUAAUAAUAGGACUCUAAAAACUAUCAAUAACCUCAACAACACUAGUAAUAGCAGGCACAAAAUUACUAGAACUACCCUUAAAAAUAAUAAUAUCCAAAUAUGCAAUAAUAAUAGUAAUAUUAACAGUCAUAAUAAUAAUAAUAACCUUAAUAAAAGGCUGAUCCAAGAUACUAGAAUGUUUAAUUCACAGCCAAAGAGUUUAAUUAAUUAUUCUAUAAAUAACAAUAAUAAUAACAAUAACAACAAGCCCAAUAGACAAAUUAAAAUAAAGCAAAUGAAAACCAAGAAGAAAACAAGUAUCCUUAACCUUAAAAAGCUACUGCAAAUGAAAGAUAGAUAUCUACUUACUCAUAAAAUCAAUAAUAAUUACUCCAAUAAAAAUAAGCUGGUGCACCUGGAAGAAUGCAAUCAGCCGAUCCCAUCUAAGCCCAGAACAGAAAUGCAGUGCCAUUGAAUAACAUCCAAAAUCAGCAAGCAACUAAAACUAGUUAAUAUAUCAGUAACGGAGGUAUCAAUAAGACCCAAAACGAUUAUUCUUAAAGAUAAGCCACCCCAAUGAAAGAUUAAAUGAAAUUCAUGAGUAUUGAUACUAUUUUAAGUUUAGAUUAAAAGCAAGUUCCAGAACAAAUUAACCAACAACUAAUGUAUUCUCCUAUGCCAAAGAGUCAAUUAUUGAAUGAAACAACAAAUUUGGCCAAAUUAUAACAACAAUAAUUACAAUAAAACAAGUCUCCUUAAAUUUAGAAAGUUGGUGGCUCUGGAAUGGGUCCUGCUAUAUCUUAACCUACUAAUGCUUAACAAAUAGUUGAAGAACUAGCCAAAGAAAAAGAAAGACAUUAAUUGUUAACUGCCAAAUUAAAAAAAUUAGAAUAAGAAAAGAAAACUUAUAACACACAAUUUUUGAAUGAAAUGGAAAGCAAAAUUAAAACUCUUAUCUAACAAAAUGAUUAACUAUAAAACUUGAAUAUGGAAUUAUUAUAGAAGGCUUAGGAUUAACCUCAAGGAGAAAUACAAGAACUUAAUAAGUAGAUUUCAUAUAAUAGUCAAUAAUUGGAUUUCUUGUAAAAAUAAAUUAAUGAGGCCUAAAAGCAAUUAUCUGAAUAGAUGAAAAAAUACAAAGACCUAGAAUAAUAAUAUCAGGAAAAGAAUUAAGCUGAAGAACAACAAAUUCAAUAUUUAGUUACUGAUUUAGAAGAAAAGGUUCAUGGUUUAAUUUCUGAAAAUGAAAGAUUAAAUGCUUUAAUAGCAUAACAGGAUAGCAAUCCUAAAAAAGAGCAAUUACAGCAAUUAACAAACGAAAAGAAUAAGCUUAUUUAAAUGACCUAAUAAAGUCAGAAAGAAGUUAAAAAUUGGAAAACCAAAUAUGAAUAGUUAUAAUAAAAGCUUUAAUAAGCUGAUAAAUUCUUAGAACCAUAAGGAGAAUAAGUGGAAGCACUUGAAGAAAAAAUUAAAUCCUUGAUAGAGGAAAAUGAUUACUUAAACACAGUUGUUUAAUAAUAAAUUGAAAGAGAGAAUCAAAUAGCAUUGUUGGAGGAGGAGAUGCAAAAUUUAGUUGAACAAAAUGACAAUCUUGAAAUGUUACUCCAAAACAGUACUAAAAAAUGA